CUGAGCAGCUAGACUACUCCCACGUGCGGGAUUGUGUUCUGUUCACAAAGUUGCAGUGAGAAUGUGUGAAGCGUGAUUUUGUGAGUGCGUGGUGCAUUCCUCUGUCCUUCUGUCCAUAUUUCGAGCUCCAUAUGCAUCGGCGCAUUGAGAGUUGCAUACAAAUGUGGACAAAGUUGCACUUUCUCGCCUCCCGUCACAUCGCUCGUUCGCUGUUUCCGUGCUUGUUGGAGCUUUAAAUUGCUCAUUAUUCGACCAUCGUGGUGCCGAGAGGAGUAUCUGGCCCGUGUUUUCCUGUUGGAAUUUCAUCGCGUGAGUUUUCCAUUCGGUAGUGAGGAAGCCAUAAAAGUUCCUGGAGCAGAUAUCGGAGUGGAUUCCAGAAUAGAUUGAUACGUACGAACGGAAAGUGCUGCUUGUUGAUUCUUUAUCGGGAGAGAGGAGUCGAUUAGACUUGAAUUAGCUACUUAAUCGCGGGCUCAGUACUCCAAUAUACAAAAAAUGUCAGUCGUCCGUCUUUCGAGCCGCCUGCUCGCCCCGUUGAAUUCGACGGUAAGGUCGUCGGCGUGUUCUAGGUACGGUAAAUUACUGGCGAGUGGCAAUAGGAAAGGUUUCGUGAUUGUGGGCGCAGCUGCGUUGAGCACUUCCUCGAGUGACAACAACAGUGUAACCCCCUUUCUCCAGGCCCAGCCUCAUCAGGAUCAAUUCCAACAAUUGCGGAAGUUCUCUAGUCUUCAGAAAAAUCAGAAUCAAAUGACUGCCCUCCCCGAACGGCGACAAUUUUCGACACAGGAAAUUACGAAAAAUCUUACUCUAUAUUCAAGCCAACCUAGAAAUGUCGAGAAAGAUCCGAAGACUUUAAAAUUGAAACAUGAGAUAGAUAAGCCCUUGGUUGUCAUGUUCUCAUGGCUACUUGCGAAACAGAAAAAUCUUCUGAAAUAUGCAAAAUUGUAUACGGAUCAAGGUUAUGACGUGCUUACUAUUGAGAUUACUCCAUGGCAAUUGUUAUGGCCGACUAAAGGGGCUCAGCUAGUGGCCGCUGACGUCAUAAAAUUCCUUGAAAGUAACACAUGCUUUUCACCACUAAUUCUCCAUGGAUUUUCUGUUGGUGGGUAUGUUUGGGGUGAAUGCAUGGUCCACAUGGCAAGAGAUAUGGAUCGCUAUCAACCCCUAAUCGAUCGAAUUGUCGCACAAAUUUGGGAUAGUGCUGCUGAUAUCACGGAAAUUCCUAUUGGAGUUCCGAAGUCUAUAUUUCCACGAAACCCAACACUGCAGAAAGCUCUACGUAAUUACACAAUCUACCACUUGAAGACAUUCCACGAACAAGCUACCACUCACUAUAUACGAUCCAGCCAAAUGUUUCACAGUACGCUUGUCAAAGCACCGGUGCUGUUCUUCCUAUCCAAAAAUGACCCUAUCGGUGCUGAGAAUUCGAAUCUAUCUGUUCGUGAAACAAUGGAAUCGCUGGGAAUUAAGUGUACAUGGAAAUGCUGGGAUAGGUCAGCUCAUGUUAUGCAUUACAAGCAUCAUACAAACGAAUAUCUGGAACAUUUGUUUAAACAUCUCGAAGAAAACCAUGUUGGAUGGCGAGCGGAGAAAAGCCGCGCUAAGUUGUAAGAAUCUUUCUGAUGAAUUUUAUGGAAAGGAACGGUCUUUUGUAUGCUGUGAUUAAAAAUGAGAAAUCUGGGUAAGGCAGUAUUGGAGUUGCUGAAAAGAAAGGUCUGGGACAUCAAAUGGCACGACUUUUUCAACAAUUAUGCAAUAAGUUUUUGAGUUUCUUUUCGAAAUUUAUUCAUAGACUUCCUUUGUGAUUAGGUUGAUCAAGAGUUAUUGUAUUCACCAAACGGAACAUGUUGUAAUUUGAUUUUAUUGGUAAUGUAAUUCGUUUAGAUUUAAUUAAACAUUCUUAUAUUUGAGAAAAAAA